AUGCCUAUCUCCAAGAAGGACCGCAUCCACCGCGAGCACAAGAAGGCCGAGGCCGCCGGCACUCGCAUUCCCGUCAACCCCAAUGGAACCCCUAAGAAGCAGCCAAAGGCAACCUCUAUCUGCGUCUUCUGCAAGAAGGAGUUGACCAGCUCCAACCUUGCUGUCCUUGAGCAGCACGCUGGCACCCACCCCGAUGCAUGGACCAAGGAGAAGUGCUGGCCCAACGAGUUCAAGUAA